AGAUAUUUACCAGUAGGCUUUAAAGGGUUAAAGUAAGGCUGAUUACAGUUGAGCAGUAUUUCGGUGUUCGUUACACUGAAUUUUUGUUAGCCACGUUGUUGCGAAUUCCAGAACAUCUCCGAAGGAGACAUAUGUAACUCUUGCUCCGUACUGUUCAAUGAGAUAAUAAGAGCUCUGUAUAUUGGCUACGUAACUGAUUUGCAGCUGAGUGGACAUAUUCUGUCACCUCACUGUGUUAACACGACUUGCACGGCAUGAAGAGGUUUGAAUAAAACUAGCAAUUUUUUUAUUUACUUAUAAUAAGAUCAACAAUAACGAGUAAAUUAUAUAAUUGUAACAAAUAAUUGCAUAUAAUACACAAUAAUGGCAAUAAAUCUCGAAUCGUUUGUGACUAUUCUGGUUGCCAUCGUCUUCGCCUUCUUCACAUUUUUGUACUUUUAUUUCACGCGUAAUUUUAACUUCUGGCAGAAACACGGAAUUCCGUACUUAAAGCCGACGACCUUUGUAGGAAAUCUGAAGAAAGUAUUCUUCCAGCAGCUGGAUAUAAACACUCACCUUAAGGAUAUCUAUAAUGAACACAAGGACAAACCCUACGUCGGAAUAUUCUCAUUCGAUCGGCCGAACAUAAUCAUAAAUGAUUUGGAACUUGUCAAGAACGUCUUGGUAAAAGAUUCCCAGAACUUCAUUGACCGCAUCGUAGCUGUCGAUGAGACGCUGGAUCCCCUGUUCGCCAAGAUCUUAUUUUCUCUCAAAGGCCAAAAGUGGCGGAACACAAGAGCGAAUGUGACGUCGACCUUCACGUCAGGAAAAAUGAAGAUGAUGUUCUAUAUCGUGGAGAAGUGCGCAAAGGAGCUGCGAGGCUAUCUUGACAGAACGGCAGUGCGUGGUAUCCCCAUCGAAACGAUGGAAACAAUGUGCAAAUACACAACGGACGUCAUUUCGUCAUGCGCCUUUGGGAUCGAAAGCAAUUCUCUUAAGAAUCCUAAUGCCGAGAUAAGAGAAAACUUUCGUAAAAUCUUCGAAAAAUCUUUUCGCAAAGGUAUUGCUGGAUUAUUGAUGUUCUUUGCACCGAAUCUUCAGAACUUCUUCAGACUUAAAUUCGUGGAUGACGAGUAUGCCAACUUCCUAAGGAGAACGAUUUGGAGCACUGUAGAGUAUAGAGAGAAGCACGGAAUAGUACGGAAUGACUUUCUGGAUUGCUUGAUGGAGCUAAGGAGAAAGGGGAAGAAAAUUGGAGGCAGGAAGCACACUGAGGAGCUAUUCAAAAUAGACGGGGACGACUUCGUAGGUAUGGCAUUCUCCUUCUUCAUUGCUGGUUUCGAAACGUCCGCCUCCACCUUGGCCUUCGCAUUGUACGAAUUGUCUUUCAAAUCGGAAAUUCAGAAGCGCAUAAGGACAGAAAUCUCUGAGGUCCUGAGCAAAUAUCACCAGGAUGUGACAUACGACGGAAUACAGGAAAUGCCGUACCUUCACAUGGUGGUUUCAGAGACGCUACGGAAGUACCCUGUGCUCGGAUUCCUGGACAGAACGUGCCUCAGUGAUUACCAACUUCCGGGACCUUCUGGAGAAGGGAGCGUCACACUCCGUGCGGGAACAGGGGUGUACAUUCCUCUGUUGGGUAUUCAAAUGGACCCACAAUACUUUCCAGAUCCCGAGAGAUUCGACCCGGAGCGUUUCACAGAAGAAAACAAACAGACUCGUCCACAUUAUUCGUAUUUGCCAUUCGGAGAUGGCCCCAGGAAUUGUAUUGGGACGCGGUUCGGACUGAUGCAGGUCAAAGCAGGACUGAUUCACAUUUUGUCCGACUACGAGGUGUCUUCCUGCAAGGACACUCCUGUACCGCUACUCUUCAGCCCAAAGGCCUUUCUAGUGCAACCAGCCACCGAGAUACUGUUGGUCUUCAAUAAGCUCAAUUAGCAGUCCUGCCUUCUUGUCGAUCGUCGAAAACUUCACCAGUUAUACUUUGUGUGGGGUGAAGAUGUCUGUGUUCUGGGUUGUUAUGCCGUGUAGUCUGAUAGAAGUUUAGCGACUUUUCAGAAGUCCUUGCCGUCUCCAUCAGAAGACAUACGAUGGAGACAGCUUAUUCAGAAAUUCUGUCACGUGUCGACUGCAAUGUGGGUGUCCUGUCACGCUAGAAGUACUUUUAUAUUAGUAUUCUAUAUCGUAAUUUUUAAUUCAAACUCUAGAUCCUUAAAAGCUGAGAGUCGAUCUCAUGUCCAUAUGACAUUUCUGACUGAGAAUUACUUCUGGAAUAAGUUCCUGAAGCCCUGACGUAAAGACAUAGCAUAUUCAAACAAUUAAUUCCAUUCUAAAAACUAUUUUAACAGAAGCUCCACUUUUAAUAAUCUGAAACAAUAUACAAUUUAAAGACCUAGCGUUAAUGGUGCUUUGUUGCUCCCUACAUCAAAAGUACACGUUUCCGCCAUGUUAUUGUCGAUUUUUGGAAAUUAAGAACGUGUGAGGUUGACCUCCAGUGGAGUAACGUGCAUAAAAUUCUAGCAAAUUCUUUAAAACUUCACAGAGGAGGAUUUGAGGUUUUCAUGGCGGUGAGUACGAAGAUGGCCAUCUUCAAUUCUUCACAUGUUUAACGUACGAAAUUGUAGCUUAAACAAACUUCAACACCUUGCUGCAAUACAGUCCGACGUGUGAAGUCCA